CACAGAUUUCAUGGUAAUCCCAGACUCCUUCUCUUUCAGCCCCUAUGAGAGUCACUUACAGUUCUUUGUGUGGAAAGAGAUGCUGGGAUCCAUCAAGCCAGUUGCUGAAUGUCUUACCAUAAGCCAAGACACACCCCUGAUUGUUUCCCCUGAUGGUCUUAGUGUCCGGCAGGCAGACAUUCACGAUGAAGACGUUUACAGGCAUGAUGUCGUGUACGCUGAAGAAACCUUCAUCACUGGCCAGCACUACUGGGAGAUAGAGGUGGGAGCAAAGCCAGACUGGAGUCUGGGAUUAGAGAAGAGGAAGGAAAACAAAAGUUUUCUGGCAAGACUCAUGUCAAGGAAGCCUCAUAUCUCCAAGGUCCAGCUGCAGCUCACACGUGACAAAGGCUACAUCGUUAAAUCCAAUCAAUUCGUGAUUCCUGUCUUAACAGAUAUAAAGGAAAAACCCAGGAGAAUAGGGUUAUUCUUGGACUGUGAUAACAAUCAGGUCUGUUUUUACAAUGCAGACAACAUGAGCCUCAUCCAUACGUUUACAUGUAGCUUUCGGUGGCCGUGGUCAGUCUGUUUGGGAACAGGAAUGAAUAGCUUUCCACUGACAGUGUGUUGCUACAGAGCUAAUGAUGCUGCCUUUGCUAACUGAUAAUCUGUGGCCUGGAUCAUAAUCUCAAAACAGUGUCAGAAUGUGCCGCAGGGAUUUAAAAUGCUUAAAAUAAAACACAUAACUUUUUGAUUUAUAUUGAUUUUAAAUAGUUUAUUAUAAAGGUAGAGGCAAAUUUUAAGCUAAGAUGGUAGGUACAAUGCUAACAAAUGCAGUUUUCUGUAAAUUCUAUUUGAAGUGUAUUUAAUGUACUUGUUAUACUGUAUCUUUAACAUAGUAUAAGACUCAAACCGAGACACUAAGCACUAUUAUCAUUUUAUGAAGUUUUAGAGAGAAGAGAAGCAAACAGGACUUCUUUCAGACUAACCAUGGUAAAAGACUCAUUAUCCAUAAUGCUAAAGUGUUCUGAACUACAGCUACAGGUGACUAAGAGGCAAUUUGUAUAAUACAGUACAGUACCCUAUUAACUUAGUUUAUACCAGGGCCGGCGCUAGGGGGGGGCUGAGGGGGGCAUUGCCCCCCCAAAUUGUGUCUUUGCCCCCCCAAGCACAAUGCAAGCAACGGCUAUUUUUAAAAUUAUCUCUGAACCAAUCACAAAAAUGCAUUUUUUUUUACAGUGUGAAGAUAUUUCCUUGCUUAUUCCUGAUUGGCUCUUUGAGUCAUAUAAAAAUCGGCAGACUGCCCCAAACAGUUCAGUUCGGCAGUAUAUGUUCUGUUAGUGUGAGCGAGAGGCAGGUAUACUGGUAAACACUUUUUUUUUACAGAAUUAGUAUUCUUUUGUUUUCUUUAUAUUUUAAUUUCCCAAUAAUAUAAAUAUUCUCACUCAUU